AUGGCCCCGAACCUGCUAGUCGCCACUCAGACCCUGUUCACGCCACAUAGAUGGUUCACGCGCAAACACUCGGAACCUAAGAGGUCGCUGCGCAAAACCGAGCAUUGGCAAGACCCCAAGCCGGGCACGUACGAGUACAUCCCGGGCCGCGGAUGGUACUUGACGCGCCCGGACAACGCAGACGGUACGCCGGGCGAGCGCCUGGAAAAGCCCAAACUCGUCACGUACUCAAGAGUGCUUCGCCGCUACCUCUUCCACACCGAGUAUGAGCGGCGCAAGCUUGCCGGGGAGAUCAAGGACCAGCAUGGAAAGACGAGAGAGGUAGGCUUCUUCCAGCUGGACGACGGCGUUGCCUGGGUGAAUUGCUGGGACCACAAGGGCGAGUUCAUGCCGGGCCCGUACGAGCGGUGGUGUAUCGACGACCGGACCGAGAAGUUCAGGAAGAUGCUGAAGGGCGACGACCCGAACUGGCGCUCGCGCCGGGGCCGAAAGAGCGCAGAAAGCAACAAGAGCAGCGACAACAGCGGCGACGAGCGCGAAAACGGGGCGUACAACAUA